AUGGAAUACUCAACUCACAUAGCUUCAAGUACCCUCAUAAACUCCUUUCAACCUAAAGAAAAAAACACCAUCUUCAACAACCAAAUUUCAGCCAGAAUCCGCCUAGCAACCGAACUAGACGUGCCACAUCUUCACAAACUCGUUACACAAAUGGCAGAAUAUCAUGGCCUAUCAGAAAUAUUCACUACCACAGAAACAUCACUUUGCAACAAUUUAUUCAAAUCAUCAAAUCCUCCUUUUCAUUCUCCCACAGAUUUGGACCACGAACUCGAGACUUUUAAGUCCAAAUUUAAUGGUGAGAAUAAUAAUUGCAACGUUUAUGUAGCGGGUCAUGUGAUUGUUUUUCCUAGCUACAAUGGUUUUUUUGAGAAGCCUGGUUUAUAUUUAGACCAAAUGUUUGUGAGGAAGUGUUAUAGGGGGAUGAGGUUUGGAAAAAUGUUAUUUUCUGCCGUUGCAUCGCAAGCUGAGAAAAUGGGAUUGGGGAUGGUUGAUUGGCUUGUGGCUGAUUGGAAUGAAGAAAGUAUUAAUUUCUAUGAGAAAAUGGGGGCUCAUUAUAUUCCGGAAUAUAGGCUUUGUAAAUUGUAUGGAGAUCAGCUUCAACAAUAUGCCAAGAAAUCUGAUUGAUGAUCACUUUUUCAUCUUCUUAAUUACUACUAGUAGUUCUUUUGUUUAAUUUUCUCUAAGCUUUGUUGUACUAUUAUUAUU